AUGAACCCCUUCAAGAAACCCUCUCCAAGUCCACUUGGUCCAUUGAUCACUCCCGAAACCACCAAAGAAACAGUGACCUUAAUCGCCGGCACAGGCAAGAACCUCAAAAAAUUCCCAAUGCUGAAAGUCUACGCCACCUUCCACUCAGCACCUAUGCGUAUCUGGUUCGCAAAACACGACGAACUGGUAUUUCCAGACUGGGAAGUAGACACCGUCAAACUCCUCGCCAUUUUCCUCACGACGGCUCAAGUAAACCCUCCGACUAAAAAGCACAUGCCAAAGGACAAAGUCGGCUUCGAGAUGAUGCGGCGUCUGAAAUUGGUCACCCUUGCAAAUCAGAUGGAGAUCAAACUAUUAAGGAAGCAAUGCUUUGAUUGGUUCGACGCGGCGAUUGAUCUUUACAACUAUCUCCCUGUGGAGAUCUUCGGAUGGAUCUAUGAUCAUUACAAGAAGGGCGGUCCGUCUCGUCAGUACUUCAUCGACAAAGCUGUUGUCUUUCUCCCGGCUUCUGUUUACAUGGAGGAACCACCACCACCUAUUCCCAAAGAGAUGUUGUUCGAGAUGAUGCGUGCGGUCAAAUCGAAGGUUGACCCGAAGGCUUUGAAUGCGGUUAUGCCGAAUAUGGAUCGGUAUUAUAAUUAUAAUUACUAG